AUGGAGGACAAUAACUCUUAUCGGGCGGUCAAUGCUGAAUACAGCCUCACACGCCAAGAUUUCUCUCACGAAAUCUCAACGGGAAACUCACAGUGGCGCUCUUCUCAGGUAGACCGUGUCUUAUCAUCUUUCGAGGAAGCCAAGAAGGUCAUGUCGGAACUAGCUAUUCAUGAGAUCCAUAAGUAUCUCAAGUCAGGUAGAUGGAUCCACGAUGCCCUCACUGUCAGUAGACACCCUGCAUACAAAGCCAUAAAAGGAUAUUCAGGUGGCAACAGUAGAGGGUUCUCUCUAUUCUACUAUCCUUAUUUCUUUGUCCUACAGGCAACCUUUGAACCAUCUGAGACUCUCGGAAACCUCUGCGAGGACAUCGGUCGUCACUGGGGUCUUCGAGUUAACGCCUAUGAACCUUUUUACCCGCGUCCACAAGACCCCGAGAGAGAGAUAAACCUCAUUUUUGGAAAAGAUCCACUUCCUCGGAGACAAGUCGAGCGCUCUUCACAGAGUACCUACUCUCCUGCGGUCUUCACCCUGAACCGACAUGGUAACUUCGACGUGGAAGAUCCAAAGGACAGCAUUCAAGAGGCUAACGACACCAUUCGUACCUCCCAGUCAGUACCUGCCAGUGCCUCCGAUACCCUGCGAAACUACGACGAAGAAUUAGCCAGUUUCCGAAGCGAAGUUGAGCAACGCUUUGCCGAGUUCCAAACUCAAAUCCAGCAAGACGCCGCUGGACCUUAG